GAGAGAGAGAGAGAGGAGAGAGAGAGAAGCAGCAAAGGAUCUUCUGUCACUCUCUCUCACUUCGUUGUGAGAGAUACAGGACUCAUGCUGUCCUCCAGCACACCCACACACACACACUGAUAGAGAGAAGACACUGAAACACACUGAAGAGAAAACGCACGGAUUUUCUGAUUUCUCCUGAGGAGCUGCAAAUAACCCUCGGAGAAGGAUGGCAGAAGGAGAGGGGGGAGAUGAAGAGAUCCAGUUCCUGCGGACGGAAGAUCAGGUUGUGCUCCAGUGCACAGCGACCGUUCUGAAGGAGCAGAUCAAACUGUGCCUGUCCUGCGAAGGCUUUGGGAACCGGCUGUGCUUUUUAGAGACAACUUCAAAUGCCCAGAAUGUUCCCCCUGAUCUGGCCAUCUGUUCGUUUGUGCUGGAGCAGUCGCUGUCGGUUCGAGCUCUGCAGGAGAUGCUGGCGAACACCGUGGACAUGACGGAGGCAGUCGAUUUGGAUAAAUGGUCAUCUCAGGGAGGAGGACACCGAACGCUGCUCUAUGGUCAUGCCAUCCUCCUGAGACACUACCAUUCUAGCAUGUAUCUUAGCUGCCUGACGACAUCACGUUCACUAACAGACAAGCUGGCCUUUGAUGUGGGCCUGCAGUUGGAUGCAACAGGGGAAGCAUGUUGGUGGACCAUCCAUCCUGCAUCCAAACAGAGAUCCGAGGGUGAGAAGGUCAGAGUAGGAGACGACCUGAUCCUUGUCAGCGUGUCAUCCGAGAGAUAUCUUCAUCUGUCAUACGCCAGUGGAGACCUGAUGGUUGAUGCCUCCUUCAUGCAGACCUUAUGGAACAUGAAUCCAGUCUGUUCAGGCUGCGAGCUGGCAGAGGGGUACUUAACUGGAGGUCAUGUCCUAAGACUGUUUCAUGGUCACAUGGAUGAGUGUCUGGCUAUCUCAACACCUGAUCAGGGAGAGGAGGAGCGCAAGAUUGCGCAGUAUGAAGGAGGGGCGGUAUGUAGUCAGGCCCGCUCAUUGUGGAGACUUGAGCCUCUGAGAAUCGGAUGGAGCGGUAGCCACAUGAAGUGGGGUCAGGCGUUCCGCGUUCGCCACAUCACAACAGGUCGAUAUCUGUGUCUGGAUGAUGAGAAGGGCCUGAUGGUUCUGGAUCCAGAAAAAGCAAACACUAAACAAUCUGCCUUCUCCUUCCGUGCCUCAAAAGAGAAAGUGGAAGGGGAGAAGAAAAAGCGGGAUGUUGAGGGAAUGGGUAUUCCUGAGAUCAAGUAUGGCGAGUCCAUGUGCUUUAUGCAGCAUAUUUCUACAGGCCUGUGGCUCACAUAUGCUGCUUUAGAUGCUAAAGCGGCUCGCCUGGGAACCAUGAAGAGAAGGGUCAUGUUACAUCAAGAGGGCCAUAUGGAUGACGCACUGACCUGCUCUCGCUCUCAGACAGAAGAGUCCCAGGCGGCUCGUAUGAUCUACAGCACCACAGGCCUUUUUACACAGUUCAUCAAAGGUCUGGACUCUCUCAGUGGGAAGAACAAAUCACCCGGUCCAGUGUCUCUGCCUCUGGAUGGAGUGAUUCUGUCCCUUCAGGAUCUGAUCCACUACUUCAGACCUCCAGAGGAAGAGCUGGAACACGAGGAGAAACAGACCAAACUGCGCUCGCUACGCAACCGACAGAACCUCUUCCAAGAGGAGGGGAUGAUCACCAUCGUGCUGGAAUGUAUCGACCGGCUGAACGUCUACAACACUGCUGCACACUUCUCUGAGUUUGCUGGAGAGGAAGCAGCUGAAUCCUGGAAAGAGAUCGUCAAUUUGCUCUAUGAGCUGCUUGCAUCUCUGAUCAGAGGAAACCGUUCUAACUGUGCUCUGUUUUGUGAUAAUCUGGACUGGCUGGUCAGUAAACUGGAUCGUCUGGAAGCUUCAUCAGGCAUUCUCGAGGUGCUGUACUGUGUUUUGAUUGAAAGUCCUGAAGUCUUGAACAUCAUUCAGGAGAAUCACAUCAAGUCCAUCAUUUCUCUCUUAGACAAACACGGACGAAACCAUAAGGUUUUGGACGUGUUGCGGUCUCUGUGUGUGUGUAACGGUGUUGCUGUGAGGUCCAAUCAAAACCUCAUCACCGAAAAUUUACUUCCGGGUCGUGACCUGCUACUGCAGACUAACAUCGUUAACUAUGCUUCAAGUGUGAGGCCCAAUAUCUUCUUGGGGACUUGUGAAGGUUCCACCCAGUAUAAGAAGUGGUAUUUUGAGGUAAUGGUGGACUAUGUGGAGUCAUUUGUGACGGCUCAGGCCACUCAUCUGCGAGUGGGCUGGGCCAUGACUGAAGGCUUCAGCCCAUACCCAGGAGGAGGAGAGGGCUGGGGGGGCAACGGUGUGGGUGAUGACCUCUACUCUUAUGGCUUUGAUGGACUUCACUUGUGGUCAGGUCAUGUGUCACGUCAGGUGGCUUCGCCCAAUCAGCAUGCCUUGGCAGCUGAUGAUGUCGUGAGUUGUUGUUUGGAUCUGAGCGUGCCCAGUAUCUCCUUCCGCAUCAAUGGCCAUCCGGUCCAGGGAAUGUUUGAGAACUUCAACUUAGAUGGCUUGUUCUUCCCUGCCAUUAGCUUUUCUGCUGGAGUGAAAGCCCGCUUUCUUUUAGGUGGCCGUCAUGGGGAUUUUAAGUUUUUACCUCCUCCUGGUUAUGCACCAUGUUAUGAGGCUCUUCUUCCCAAAGACAGGAUGCGCAUUGAGCCCAUUAAAGAGUAUAAACAUGACUUUGAAGGAGUCAGAAACCUGUUAGGGCCCACACAGUCCCUCACACACACCUCAUUCACUCCCUGUCCUGUUGACACUGCUCAGAUUGUUCUACCUCCUCAUUUGGAGCGGAUCAGAGAGAAGCUUGCAGAAAACAUACAUGAGCUCUGGGCUGUGACCCGUAUUGAGCAGGGCUGGACCUAUGGAGUGUUCAGGGAUGAUAAUAAGAAGUUGCACCCGUGUCUAGUGGACUUUCAAAGUCUUCCAGAACCCGAGAGAAAUUAUAACCUCCAGAUGUCUGGAGAGACAUUGAAAACCCUGUUAGCUCUGGGCUGCCAUGUAGGCAUGGGAGAUGAGAAAGCAGAGGAGAAUCUGAGAAAGAUCAAAUUGCCCAAAACUUAUGUGAUGAGCAGCGGAUACAAACCCGCUCCUUUGGACCUCAAUCAUGUCAAACUGACGCCUAAUCAGAACCAGUUGGUGGAAAAGCUGGCAGAAAAUGGGCACAAUGUUUGGGCAAGAGACAGAGUCAGACAAGGAUGGACCUACAGCAUUGUGCAGGAUAUUGUGAAUAAGCGUAACCCUCGUCUGGUGCCUUACAAUUUGCUAGACGAGAGAACCAAGAAGACCAACCGAGACAGUGUGAACAAUGCUGUACGCACUUUGAUUGGUUACGGAUAUAACAUCGAGCCACCAGAUCAGGAGAGCAGCGGUCAUGGUGUUGAGGAUGUGCAUGGAGAUAAAGUGAGAAUCUUCAGGGCAGAGAAGCAGUAUGGUGUUACCUCAGGAAAAUGGUAUUUUGAGUUCGAGGCUGUAACUACAGGAGAAAUGAGGGUCGGCUGGGCUCGACCGAACGUCCGCUCUGAUGUUGAGCUUGGUUCUGAUGAGUUGGCCUAUGUCUUCAAUGGAAACAGGGCUCAGCGAUGGCACAUUGGUAAUGAUCCGUUUGGUCGUCAGUGGCAGUCUGGUGAUGUUGUUGGUUGCAUGAUAGACCUCAUUGAAAUGAACAUCAUGUUCACGCUCAACGGAGAGAUGCUGAUCAGCGAUUCUGGUUCGGAAAUGGCCUUCAAAGACAUUGAGAUAGGAGACGGCUUUAUUCCAGUUUGCACUCUGGGUCUUUCUCAGGUUGGGCGUAUUAACCUUGGUCAGAAUGUUAGCAGUUUGCGCUACUUCGCCAUCUGUGGCCUCCAAGAGGGCUUUGAGCCAUUCGCCAUCAACAUGAAGAGAGACAUCACAAUGUGGUUCAGCAAGAGCCUGCCCCAGUUUGUUCCCGUUCCCACUGAUCACAACCACAUUGAGGUCUCUCGUGUGGAUGGAACUGUAGACAGUGCUCCCUGUAUAAAAAUUACCCACAAGACGUUCGGAUCCCAAAACGCCAACACUGACAUGCUGUUCUUCAGGCUAAGCAUGCCAGUGGAGUUUCACCUUACCUUUAAGGUGCCUGCUGGCACUACCCCCCUCACACGAGCCCUCACCAUCCCAGAAGAAGAAGUGCUGGAGGUGGACCCAGACUCAGACUAUGAGGUGCUUAAGAAGUCCGCCAGUCGCAAAGAGCAGGAGGAGAAAGAAAAGGAGCCGUCUGUUCCUAAAGAUAUCCCAGGCGUUAAAGAAAACGACAAAGACACUGCAUCUGAGAAAGGAAAGAAGAAAGGCUUCUUGUUUAAAGCUAAAAAGGCAGCCAUGAUCACUCCUCCUCCACCUCCACCUCUUAUGCCUCGUUUGAUUGAAGACGUGGUGCCAGAUGAUCGCGAUGACGUGGACAUCAUCCUUAAUACCACCACAUACUAUUACUCGGUUCGUAUCUUCGCUGGACAAGAGCCUAGCGAGGUGUGGGUUGGUUGGGUCACACCAGACUUCCACAUGUAUGACCUCAACUUCGAUCUGUCUAAAGUUCGUACGGUUACAGUGACAGUUGGAGACGACAAAGGCAACAUACAUGACAGUAUAAAGAGAAGUAACUGCUACAUGGUGUGGGGAGGAGAGUUCAGCAGCAGCCAGCAGAAGUUCAGCCAGGAGGAUCUGGUGAUUGGUUGCUUGGUUGAUCUGGCAACAGGCCUUCUGAAUUUCACAGCCAAUGGAAAGGAGAUCAACACUUUCUACCAGGUGGAGCCCAACACUAAGCUCUUUCCAGCUGUGUUUGUUCUUCCAAGCAGCCAAAACAUGCUCCAGCUGGAACUUGGAAAACUCAAGAAUAUCAUGCCUCUUUCGGCAGCCAUGUUUCGUAGUGAGCGCAAGAACCCUGUUCCUCAGUGUCCACCUCGACUGGAUGUUCAGAUGUUGACCCCUGUCAUCUGGAGCCGGAUGCCCAACCACUUCCUCAAUCCAGUGGUGGGACGGGUGAGCGAGAGGCAUGGCUGGAUGGUGGAAUGUACAGAGCCUCUCACUAUGAUGGCGCUGCAUAUACCUGAAGAAAACAGGUGCAUUGACAUCCUGGAACUAUCUGAGCAACAUGACCUGCUGCAGUUCCACUAUCACACUCUGAUGCUUUAUUGCGCCGUGUGUGCACUGGGCAACAACCGUGUAGCCCAUGCCCUCUGCAGCCAUGUGGAUGAAUCCCAGCUCUUCUAUGCGAUUGAGAACACGUACCUGCCUGGCCCUCUCCGCAGCGGCUACUACGACCUUCUUAUCAGUAUUCAUCUGGAGUCAGCCAAACGCAACCGCUUAGGAACCAAUCGCGAGUUUAUUGUUCCCAUGACAUCAGAGACGCUUAGUAUCACACUGUUCCCAGAUGCAGAGGCAGCCCAUGACCUGCCGGGAGUGGGUCUCACCACCUGCCUCAGACCUAAGCUACACUUCUCCCCCAUCAACUUUGUAGGCACUGAUCCAGAUCUGUACACCCUGAGCCCCAUCAUACCUCUGCAGAAUCUAAAGACCCAGGCUCUAAGCAUGCUUACUGAAGCCGUGUUCGAUGGCAGCCAGGCCAUGCGUGAUCCUGUAGGGGGCAGCGUUGAGUUCCACUUCGUUCCAAUCCUCAAACUCAUCAGCACUCUCCUCAUCAUGGGCAUCUUCAACAAUGAAGACGUCAAGCACAUCCUCAAGAUGAUUGAUCCCAGUGUGUUUGGAAAGAAAGAAGAGGCAGAGGAACCAGCCGAGGAAGCAGCUCCCAAAGAGGAAGGAGAGGAAGUGAAAGAGAAAGAAGAAACGGCUGAAGGAGAGGAGGAGGCUGUGGAUGAAGGAGUUGGGGAGGAGGAAGAGGAGGAGCUGAAAGAGCUGAAGAAGGAGGAGGGAGAGGAAGGAGAAGAGGUCGAGAAGGCCGUAGAGGAGGAGGAUGGAGAGAAGGUGGAUGGAGAAAAAGCAGAGGAGGAAAAGGAGGCAGAAGAAGUAGGAGAGGAGGCCAAAGAGGAAGAAGAGGAGGCGCCAGAGGAGGGUCUACUUCAAAUGAAGAUGCCAGAGUCUGUGAAACUGCAGAUGUGUACUCUUCUACAGUAUUUCUGCGACUGUGAGCUCAGACACAGAGUUGAAGCCAUAAUGGCAUACUCUGAUAAUUUUGUAGGGCAGAUCCAGUCAAACCAGCGUGAGCGUUAUAAUGAGCUAAUGAGAGCGUUUACUAUGUCUGCUGCAGAAACAGCUCGCAGGACCCGAGAGUUUCGCUCUCCUCCACAAGAACAAAUUUUCCUGUUGACUAACUUCAAGCACAACCCAGAAGAAGAAGAUUGCCCUGUCCCAGAUGAAGUGCGAGAAACCCACAACAAUUUCCACAAUGACCUCCUGAAUCACUGUGGCGUCCACAUUGAGGAAGAAGUGGAGGAGGAAGAGGUGGACACAUCUCUGAGAGGCAGACUGCUCACUUUGGUGGACAAGGUCAAAAGCCUUAAGCAGAAAAAGGAAGAAGAGGAACCAGAGCCAGAGGAAGAACCCAAACCAAGUACUUUACAGGAGUUGAUAUCCCACACAAUGAUCCACUGGGCUCAAGAGGCCUUUAUUCAGAAUCCAGAGCUGGUGCGACUCAUGUUCAGUCUUCUCCACCGGCAGUAUGAUGCUCUUGGAGAGCUGAUUCGUGCACUGCCCAAGGCUUACGCCAUCAGUGCCGUGUCUGUACAAGACACGAUGGAAAUGCUGGAGUGCCUGGGGCAGAUUCGAUCUCUGCUUAUUGUCCAGAUGGGUCCGGAAGAGGAAAGACUCAUGAUCCAGAGCAUUGGGAACAUCAUGAACAACAAAGUGUUCUACCAGCACCCUAACCUGAUGCGAGCGCUGGGCAUGCAUGAGACAGUCAUGGAGGUGAUGGUCAACGUGCUGGGAGGUGGAGGAGAUUCAAAGGAAAUUCGAUUUCCACAAAUGGUGACCAACUGCUGUCGCUUCCUGUGCUACUUCUGCAGAAUCAGCCGCCAGAACCAGCGCUCCAUGUUUGACCACCUCUCUUACUUGCUGCAGAACAGUGGCAUUGGACUGGGAAUGCGUGGAUCUACUCCUCUGGAUGUUGCUGCUGCAUCCUGCAUUGACAACAAUGAGCUGGCACUGGCCCUGCAAGAGCAAGACCUUGAAAUGGUGGUGACUUAUCUGGCUGGGUGUGGCCUUCGAAUGUGCCCCAUGCUUCUGUCUAAAGGCUAUCCUGACAUAGGGUGGAAUCCAGGUGGAGGAGAGAGAUAUCUGGACUUCCUGCGCUUCGCUGUGUUUGUAAAUGGUGAGAGCGUAGAGGAGAAUGCUAAUGUGGUUGUUCGUCUGUUGAUUCGUCGUCCUGAGUGCUUUGGCCCUGCCCUGAGAGGAGAGGGUGGUGCUGGUCUGUUAGCAGCCAUUGAGGAGGCCAUUAAGAUCUCUGAAGACCCUGCCAGAGAUGGGCCAACUCCUAAAAAAGACAGACGCUUCAUGUUUGGAGGGGAGGAUCAGCACGAAGAGAAUAGAUUACAUCUUGGAAAUGCUAUUAUGUCAUUUUAUUCUGCCCUUAUUGACUUGCUGGGUCGCUGUGCUCCUGAGAUGCAUUUGAUCCAAGCAGGUAAAGGCGAAGCUUUGAGAAUCCGAGCCAUCUUGCGAUCUCUUGUGCCCAUUGAAGACUUGGUUGGAGUCAUCAGUCUUCCUGUUCAAAUCCCCACCUUUGGCAAAGAUGGUCAGAUCGUUGAGCCAAAAAUGUCAGCGAGUUUCGUGCCAGACCACAAAGCCUCCAUGGUUCUUUUCCUGGACAGAGUGUACGGCAUCGAUAACCAGGACUUCCUGUUACAUGUGCUAGAAGUGGGUUUCCUGCCUGAUAUGAGAGCUUCAGCCUCUCUGGAUACGGUGGCGUUCAGCACCACAGAAAUGGCUCUGGCUCUGAACCGUUACUUGUGUUCUGCCGUUCUGCCUCUGCUCACUAAAUGUGCCCCACUGUUCGCUGGCACUGAUCAUCGCGCCAUCAUGAUCGACUCUAUGCUGCACACCAUCUACAGGCUGUCCCGAGGCCGUGCCCUUACCAAAGCCCAGAGGGACGUCAUCGAGGACUGCCUUAUGUCUCUUGUCAAGUAUCUGCGGCCAUCUAUGUUGCAGCAUCUGUUGAGAAGGCUGGUGUUUGAUGUGCCAAUCUUAAAUGAGUAUGCCAAGAUGCCCCUCAAGCUGUUGACCAAUCACUACGAGCGCUGCUGGAAGUAUUAUUGCCUGCCGAACGGAUGGGCAAACUUCGGAGUCACAUCAGAAGAGGAGUUGCAUCUCUCACGCAAACUCUUCUGGGGCAUAUUUGAGUCUCUCGCACACAAGAAAUUUGAUGCAGAGCUGUUUAAGAUCGCCAUGCCCUGCAUCUGUGCCAUCGCCGGUGCCAUUCCUCCAGACUAUGUGGAUGCAAGUUAUUCAUCAAUGACUGAGAAGAAAGCGUCUGUUGAUGCUGAGGGCAACUUCGACCCCAAACCAGUGGAAACUACCAACACCAUCAUUCCCGAGAGACUUGAUGCCUUCAUUAACAAAUAUGCUGAGCACACUCAUGAUAAAUGGGCUUUUGAGAAGAUCCAAAACAACUGGACAUACGGAGAGGUUCUAGAUGAGAACGCAAAAACUCACCCCAUGCUGCGGCCUUAUAAAACUUUCUCUGAAAAGGAUAAGGAGAUCUAUCGCUGGCCCAUUAAGGAGUCCAUCAAGGCCAUGCUGGCAUGGGAAUGGACUUUGGAGAAAGCCAGAGAUGGGGAGACUGAGGUAAAAACUGAGGUGAAGGCCACCAGGAAGAUCUCCCAGACUGCACAGGCCACCUAUGAUCCCAGUCAAGGAUACUCUCCUCAGCCAGUGGACCUUAUAGGCAUGGCCUUGUCCAGAGAGCUACAGUCUAUGGCAGAACAGCUUGCAGAGAACUACCACAACACCUGGGGCCGCAAGAAGAAAAUGGAGCUACAAGCCAAGGGUGGUGGCACUCAUCCUUUGUUGGUACCCUAUGAUACACUGACCGCCAAAGAGAAGGCUAGAGACAGAGAAAAAGCCCAAGACCUGCUCAAAUUCCUCCAGCUGAAUGGAUACGCUGUAACCAGGGGUCUGAAAGACAUGGAGCAGGAGAUUUCCUCCAUUGAGAAGCGCUUUGCUUACGGGUUCCUGCAAAAGCUGUUGAAGUGGAUGGAGAUCGCUCAGGAGUUUAUUGCUCAUCUUGAGGCUGUCGUGAGCAGUGGAAGAGUUGAAAAAUCCCCACACGAACAGGAGAUUAAAUUCUUUGCCAAGAUUCUGCUCCCGCUCAUAAACCAGUACUUUAAGAACCACUGCCUGUAUUUCUUGUCCACUCCUGCUAAAGUGCUGGGCAGUGGUGGUCACGCAUCCAACAAGGAGAAGGAGAUGAUUGCUAGUAUCUUCUGUAAGUUGGCCGGUCUGGUGAGACACAGGGUUUCCCUCUUUGGCACUGAUGCCUCAGCUGUGGUCAACUGUCUUCAUAUUCUUUCCCGUUCACUGGAUGCCAGGACUGUAAUGAAAUCUGGGCCUGAGAUUGUGAAGGCUGGUCUGCGCUCAUUCUUUGAAAGUGCUGCUGAUGAUAUUGAGAAGAUGGUUGAGAACCUCAAAUUAGGGAAAGUGUCCACCAAAAACCAGGUGAAAGGUGUAUCUCAGAACAUUAGCUACACCACCACUGCUCUUCUGCCAGUCCUGACCUCUCUGUUCGACCACAUCGCCCAGCACCAGUUUGGAGAUGAUGUCAUGUUGGAUGACUUGCAGAUCUCCUGUUACCGCAUCAUGUGCAGUAUCUACUCACUGGGCACCGUAAAGACUCCUCAUGCUGAGAACCAAAGACCAGCUCUAGGAGAGUGUCUGGCUCAUCUUGCUGCCGCCAUGCCUGUUGCCUUUCUGGAGCCAAACCUCAACGAGUUCAACUCAUACUCUGUGUACACUACCAAAACCCCACGAGAGAGAACAAUUCUGGGUCUCCCCAGUCAAGUGCAGGAGCUGUGUCUGGACAUCCCUGAGCUGGACGUGUUGAUGAAAGAAAUCGGGCAUCUGGCAGAGUCUGGGGCCCGUUACACAGAGAUGCCCCACGUGAUUGAGAUCACCCUACCUAUGCUCUGCAACUAUCUGCCUCGCUGGUGGGAAAGGGGACCAGAGAACUUCCCAGAGCAGGAAGGCUGUCUGUGCACCGACGUCACCUCCGAACAACUCAAUCAACUCCUGGGAAGCAUCAUGAAGAUUGUCGUCAACAACCUGGGUAUUGAUGAAGCAUCCUGGAUGAAGAGAUUGGCAGUGUUUGCUCAGCCAAUUGUGAGCAGAGCAAAGCCAGAGAUGCUCAAAUCUCACUUCAUCCCCACCAUGGAAAAGCUGAAGAAACGCAGUGGAAAGGUUGUGGCUGAGGAGGAGCAGUUGCGUAUGGAGGGGAAGACGGAGGUUGACAGUGAGGGAGGAACUAUUCGAGAUGAGUUUGCUGUGCUAUGCAGAGAUCUGUACGCUCUUUACCCUCUACUCAUCCGAUAUGUGGACAACAACAGGGCAAGAUGGCUGACAUGCCCUGAUCCUGAUGCUGAGGACUUGUUUAGGAUGGUUGGAGAAGUCUUCAUCUUCUGGUCUAAAUCGCACAAUUUCAAGCGAGAGGAGCAGAACUUUGUGGUGAUGAAUGAGAUCAACAACAUGUCUUUCCUUACCGCUGACAGCAAAAGCAAGAUGAGCAAGGCCGGAGAUGGAGAGGGUGGAGGCUCAGAUGAUGACCGGACCAAGAAGAAGCGUCGCGGAGACCGUUACUCGGUGCAGACCUCGCUGAUCGUGGCGGCCCUGAAGAAACUGCUCCCCAUCGGCCUCAACAUGUGCUCUCCUGCAGACCAAGAGCUCAUAAACCUGGCCAAGAUCCGCUACUCUCUGAAAGACACAGAUGAAGAAGUGAGGGAGUUUCUGCAGAAUAACCUGCAUCUACAGGGCAAGGUGGAGGACCCAUCCAUGCGCUGGCAGAUGGCUCUUUAUAAAGAGACCUCAGGGAAAGCUGAAGAUGCUGAUGCACCAGAGAAAGUUGUGAAGAGAGUUCAGGAAGUUUCUGCUGUUCUCUACCAUCUUGAGUUGACUGAACAUCCAUACAAGUCUAAGAAGAUGGUGUGGCACAAGCUUUUGUCCAAACAGCGGCGCAGGGCAGUGGUGGCCUGCUUCAGAAUGACACCGCUCUACAACAUCCCCAGGCACCGGGCAUCUAACAUGUUCCUUGACGGUUACAAACGAAACUGGCUUGAGAAUGAGGGCUAUUCAUUUGAAGACAAGAUGAUAGAUGACUUGUCUAAAGCAUUGGAGCAGGAAGAGGAAGAAGAGGAAGAAACCGAAUCCAAACCAGACCCCCUUCAUCAGCUCAUCCUUCACUUCAGUCGCACCGCUCUCACCGAGAAACUCAAACUUGAAGUGGAUCAUCUAUAUAUGUCAUAUGCUGAUAUUAUGGCAAAAAGCUGCCACAUUGGUGAGGAGGACGAAGGGGGAGAGGAGGGGGGCGUGGAGCCAUCCUUUGAGGUGCGACAGACAGAGAUGGAGAAGGAGAUGGAGAAACAAAGGCUUCUGUACCAGCAGUCCCGUCUGCAUGAUCGCGGAGCAGCUGAGAUGGUUCUGCAAAUGAUCAGUGCUUGCAAAGGUGAGACAGGAGUCAUGGUGUCCUCAACUCUCAAACUUGGCAUCUCAAUCCUUAAUGGCGGCAACAGUGAUGUUCAGCAGAGGAUGUUGGAUUACCUGAAGGAUAAGAAAGAUGUCGGCUUUUUCCUGAGCUUACAAGCUCUCAUGCAAACCUGCAGUGUUCUAGACCUGAAUGCAUUUGAGAGGCAGAAUAAGGCAGAGGGUCUUGGCAUGGUGUCAGAGGAAGGCACAAACAUGAAGCUGCAACGUGAGGAGAAAGUGAUGGCAGAUGAUGAAUUCACUUGCGACCUUUUCCGCUUCCUGCAACUGCUUUGUGAAGGCCACAAUAAUGAUUUCCAGAACUACCUGCGCACACAAACAGGCAGCACAACCACCAUCAACAUCAUCAUCUGCACAGUAGACUUUCUGCUCAGACUGCAGGAAUCUAUCAGUGACUUCUACUGGUAUUACUCUGGAAAGGAUAUUAUUGAUGAACCAGGCAAGAGGAACUUCUCUAAGGCCAUGACUGUGGCUAAACAGGUUUUCAACAGCUUGACAGAGUAUAUCCAGGGCCCUUGCACCGGAAACCAGCAGUCUCUCGCUCACAGCAGACUGUGGGAUGCUGUGGUGGGAUUUUUGCACGUGUUCGCACACAUGAUGAUGAAAUUAGCACAGAUGCACCCUGACCAAGGACUCCGAGAUGGCGAUCAUUUCUGGAGUAGAACCCAUUCUGAGGACUCCAGUCAAAUUGGUCUGCUGAAGGAGCUUCUGGAUCUACAGAAGGACAUGGUGGUGAUGCUUCUCUCUCUACUUGAGGGUAAUGUUGUGAAUGGCACAAUCGCUCGCCAAAUGGUUGACAUGCUGGUUGAGUCAUCAAGCAAUGUGGAGAUGAUUCUCAAGUUCUUCGACAUGUUCCUCAAACUGAAGGAUAUUGUGGCAUCAGAUGCUUUCCGUGACUAUGUGACGGACCCUCGUGGUCUCAUCUCCAAGAAAGACUUCUCCAAGGCUAUGGACAGUCAGAAGCAGUACACUCCAUCUGAGAUCCAGUUCCUGCUGUCGUGCUCUGAAGCUGAUGAGAACGAGAUGAUCAAUUUUGAGGAGUUUGCCAACCGCUUUCAAGAGCCUGCCAAAGACAUUGGCUUCAACAUCGCCGUGCUCCUCACCAACCUGUCUGAGCAUGUUCCUCAUGACACUCGCUUGCAGAACUUCUUGGAACAAGCUGAGAGUGUGCUCAACUACUUCCGCCCCUUCCUGGGCCGAAUCGAGAUCAUGGGUGCUAGCAAAAGGAUUGAACGUAUCUACUUUGAGAUCAGCGAGGCCAAUCGUAACCAGUGGGAGAUGCCUCAGGUCCGAGAAUCAAAACGGCAGUUCAUCUUUGAUGUGGUCAAUGAGGGUGGCGAGUCUGAGAAGAUGGAGCUCUUUGUGAACUUCUGUGAGGACACCAUCUUUGAGAUGAACAUCGCCUCGCAGAUCUCUGAGCAAGAGGAGGAGGUCAUUGAAGAUGAGGAUGAAGAAGAAGAGGAGGAGAGCGGUGGUGGUGGAGGUGGAGAGGGAGAAGGAGAGGAAGGGAAUGGAGAAGAAGCACCGCCUGAAUCGAGCUCAGCCUUUGCUGACUUCAUCAAGAGCAUUGUUAACUUCCUUAGCCUCUUUACUUUCCGCAAUCUCAGACGCCGCUACCGCAAAAUCAGGAAAAUGACCAUAAAGGACAUGAUUGUUGGUUUGGUGAUGUUCCUCUACACUGUCCUCUUCGGCAUCUUGCACUUCAUCUACAGCGUCUGCAAAGGUUUCUUCUUGCUGAUCUGGAACACUCUCUUUGGAGGAGGUCUCGUGGAGGGAGCUAAAAAGAUGACGUUAACAGAGAUUUUGACUAACAUGCCUGACCCAACUCAAGACGAGGUGCACGGUGACCUUCCUCCUGAGCCAGGAGCAAGAAAAGUACAGGAAGCAGGUGGAGCCGGUGAGGGAGAGGAGGGAGCAGGAGGAGGAGAGGAGGAAGCAGAAGAGGGAGAAGAAGAUGAAGAUGGAAGAGCUGGCUUUGGUCCUCAUGGUGGUCUCGGAGACAUGGGAGAAACUGAACCAGAGGAGCCUCCUACUCCAGAAGGCAGUCCACUGCUGAAGAGAAAACUGGUGAGUGAAGAAGGAGUAGAAGGCGAAGUAGUCGUAGAAGAGGAAAAAGUGGAGGAAGAACCAGCCCCAGAACCUGAAAAAGCAGAUGCUGAAAAUGGAGAGAAAGAGAAGGAGGCUGAACCUGAGACGGAGGACAAACAAGAAGAAGAGCAAGCUGAGAUAGCUAAAGCCAAAGCUAAAGCAAAGAAAGGCAAGAAGGAAGAGGAAGUGGGCUUUGAACUCUGGAAUGAACUUGAAAUCCAAAGAAUCAAAUUCAUGAAUUACCUGUCUCGCAAUUUCUACAACCUGCGCUUCCUGGCUCUGUUUAUCGCCUUUGCACUCAACUUUAUUCUGCUGUUCUACAAGGUGUCUGACAGAUUGCCUGGUGAGGAGGAAGAGUUUGAAGGUUCUGCUAUGUUCGAGGGUUCUGGAGCCUUUGAGGGCUCUGCUGUGUUUGAAGGCUCUGCUGUGUUUGAGGGCUCUGGGGUAUUUGAAGGCUCUGGAGAGGCUGAAGGUUCGGGAAUGGAGGAGAAUGGAGAGGAAGAUGAGGAAAACGGGUUUGUCUACUACUUCCUGGAGGAGAGCACUGGAUAUAUGGAGCCCGCCAUGGCCUUCUUUUCCAUCUUACACACCAUAAUUUCCUUCCUGUGUAUUAUUGGCUACAACUGCCUCAAGGUUCCUUUAGUUAUCUUUAAGAGAGAGAAGGAGCUGGCCCGUAAACUGGAGUUUGAUGGUCUGUAUGUAACUGAACAACCAGAAGAUGACGACAUCAAGGGCCAGUGGGACCGACUAGUCCUUAAUACACCGUCUUUCCCGAACAACUACUGGGACAAAUUUGUAAAACGAAAGGUGCUAGAGAAGUAUGGAGAUAUCUAUGGUAGAGAAAGAAUCGCUGAGCUGCUGGGUAUGGAUCUAGCAUCUCUUGAUGUCAGCGCCAUGACACAUGAGAAAAAGCGUCAGCCUGAUCCUUCAAUGUUCACAUGGUUGACGUCUAUCGACAUCAAAUACCAGAUUUGGAAGUUUGGAGUGGUUUUCACUGAUAAUACGUUCCUGUAUCUGGUUUGGUAUACGGUUAUGUCUCUGCUCGGCCACUUUAACAACUUCUUCUUCGCCUGUCACCUGCUGGACAUUGCCAUGGGUGUCAAAACCCUGCGCACCAUCCUGUCAUCUGUAACCCACAAUGGCAAACAGCUGCUGAUGACGGUGGGUCUGCUGGCUGUGGUGGUCUACCUCUACACCGUGGUGGCCUUCAACUUCUUCAGAAAGUUCUACAACAUGAGUGAGGAUGAAGACGAACCAGAUAUGAAGUGUGAUGACAUGAUGACUUGUUAUCUGUUCCAUAUGUAUGUGGGUGUCCGAGCUGGUGGUGGUAUAGGAGAUGAGAUUGAAGAUCCAGCUGGAGACGAGUAUGAACUUUACCGUGUGGUUUUUGACAUCACCUUCUUCUUUUUUGUUAUUGUCAUCCUGCUGGCCAUCAUUCAAGGUCUGAUCAUUGAUGCCUUUGGUGAGCUGAGAGAUCAGCAGGAGCAAGUCCGAGAGGACAUGGAGACUAAGUGUUUCAUCUGUGGAAUUGGAAGCGAUUACUUUGACUCGACUCCACAUGGCUUUGAGACGCAUACGAUGGAGGAGCACAAUUUAGCCAACUACAUGUUCUUCCUGAUGUAUUUAAUCAAUAAGGAUGAAACGGAGCACACAGGACAGGAGUCAUACGUGUGGAAAAUGUACCAGGAGCGAUGCUGGGACUUCUUUCCUGCUGGUGACUGUUUUAGGAAGCAGUAUGAGGAUCAGCUUGGCUAAUUUCAACUAGCAGCCUGAAAAGUGUGUGUAUGUGUAGAAGAGCAUUACUUCAGGAAUGAGCGUCAAAGAGAAUAUUGUGGAAAAAUAGCCAAUAGAAGGGAACAAUAGAUAAAUAAAUGACCGACUGUAGCCUUGACUUAACUCUCCUGACCCUUGUCUUCAAACAACACCUCACAGAAACACUAAAAACCUUUGAUUUCCGCUUGAGUAAAUGAGAGAAACGAGCCAAUAUCAGAUGACAGAAGAAAGUAUUUUAAACUGUAUAUAAACACUACAUGGCCUUUUCUUCUUCACCAAGGACUUUUUGAAUCUGUAUCAAGCCAAAAUGAACAAACGCCCCAUAAACAAACCUUCCCUUUUCUCCUCCGUUUGUCUGUCACAACGAAUCUACAAAAUCUCAGUGCCUAAUGUUCAAUCUUAAAAGUACAGUGAGGAUUUAAGUAUGAUUUUAUGAUUAAUAGUCUGUAGCGAUAUUUUCAUGUGUAGAGUAGCUGUUUAGUUUAUAUAUCACAUAGCUUAUGUUUAUUUAUUGACGUAUACCACAGAAAUAUAGCCAUAUGAGUGGUAACAUCCUGCUCUAUGACUUAAAUAAAGAGCAUUUUGACAUAUUAAGCCAGGAUUUUGUUUUUCACCUGGCACAUCGAGCGAAUGUGAGAAUGCUUGAAACCGAUAUAUCUUAACAUUUUCGAGAGAAACAUAUUACAACCCUGAGAUUUCUCUGUUUCGAGUUUCAGAGAAUUGCAAAUAGUCUGAAAAGAAGUUUAACUUUGUACAAAUGGGAAACCACCUGUUUUGCACUCUAGAGUCUUAUAUUGGGACGUUUAUCCAUCCCAAGAACACAAUGCUGUAUUACAAAUAUAGAGAGUUGAAAAGAGUCCUUUGUUUUAUCAAACACUUCCUCUCGACAUUUUACAAGAUGAUGUCCUUUUACUCUGAUUAUGGAAAGAAUCAUGUCUAUAUGCACAGUAAUAUUGAUGUUGAAAAACUCAUUUGAAGAACUGCUUCUCUGUUUUUUGGAAAUAGGCUCAUUUACAAGUCACCUAGAGGUAAAUAGUUCAGUAUUACCAUUAUUGAAUCCAGUCAGCUGAGUCUAACAGGAGCACCUUUAGCUUAGCUUAGCAUAAUUCAUUGAAUUGGAUUAGACCAUUAGCAUCAUACUCAACAUUUUUUUUAAUAUUUUUGAUAAUUUUCUGUACCAUGACAAUGUUAUUGUGCUGAAUUGCUGGUUACCUAGUUAGGGAACAGUUUCAGGAAAAUUAUCGAAACUAUUGUUUAAAAUUUUUUUAAGCUAAAUGCUAAUGGUCUAAUCUGAUUCAGUGAUUUAUGCUAAGCUAAGCGAAAAGUGCUCCAUUCAGAUAGGUGAUCGGCUCAAUGGAUUCAAAAAAUGGUAAAACUCAGCUGUUGAACUCUAUGUGACUUGUAAAAUGACCCAAUUUACAAAAAAAGUAGAGUGUUCCUUCAAGACCUUGACGUGAACUAUGCUGUGUCAUUCUGCAACUUUACUUAAUUUAUCCACCUAAAUACAUAGAUGAUAUAUUUUUGUUGGAACUCUAAAUACUUAAGUGAGUAUUAUGUACCUUUUUUGGGGUGGGGGGAGAUUUAGGUUAGAAUUUAGUAGAAAAUCGAAAAAGGAAUGAGAGUUAGGUUAAGUUAAUAUAAAGGUAACAAAUACAAUGUGUUUUUGCCUUUUAGAUUUGUAUUCUUCUUUUUGGCGAAAUCUCAUACUUUAUUUUUGUCGAAUAUAGAUGAAGUAUAGGCGUAGGUCUCUGGUUUUUGUGCAUCAGGCGGCUAAAACAAACUCAAAUGUGCAUGAUUCACCUUGUUCUGUUUUGCUGACAUGUUGCGGCGGCACAUCGAGAGCGUGUGUUCAGGUCUUUUGGUUUGUUUUGCUCACAGUGGGAAGAAAUGAACUCUUCUCUGAAUCUGACUGUGUAUCAGGCUGAAUCCUGGGUUUUAAUGCACAUUAAACAGAUUCCAGUAUUUUAAAGAG